AUGGCGUCACUUAUUGGGAUUGUCCUAAAAAAUGGUGUGGAUAUCCGAAUGUGUGUCGUCUACCGAAUUGUCAAUGGGUUCAUUACGUUGUCCAAUUAUCCUCUACCGUUAAUAGAAGGUCGGUCGGUUGUGUUUGUGGAUGUCAUGUGCUCCAUGAGGUUGGAUACGACCAGCGGCUUUUGGGUGGUCAAGAUAUCCGAAAAAGCAAAGCUGAUAUCGGCGUUUGUCUGUCAAUGUGGACAGUUCAAAUUGACUCGCAUGUCAUUCGGACUCAAGAAAGCGCCGCUGAUGUACUUGUCGGUUAUCAACAACUGGCUGUGGGGAUUCGUGGGCCUGCCCCCGGAAGAAGAAGCGGAAAUAAUCAAGAAUCUUAGAGUGGCAACUCAAGCACCAAGGAAUAUUCCCUUGGCUUUGUACAUUGGCCCAGUGUUGGAACGUAGUGCUUACAUUGACGACAUUGCUCAUGGUAUUCGAGCGACCCCAAACGUUGCGAAGGGUGUUAUGGAUCUACCGUUUCCCAAAUCCAACAAAGGUGUGAUAUCGUUUCUCGAAAAUCAAAACUACUACCACAAGUUCAUCGAGACCUAUCUUAAAGUGACAGCGUUUCAGAACACCAGAUACAUCAGGGACGAGACAUCUCACGAGCUCAUGAAUCUUCGCACUAUCAAUGGACAAGAAUACGACGCAAAGCUACAACAUGUUCGGUACACGGGACGUGCUCUGAACGAUGCCGAGCUCCGGUAUCACAUUACGGAAGGGGUGGUAAAAGCUAUCCCGAGGGUGUUGCAAAUCUUUCGGACGAUUCUGAAUGGCCGAUAA